CAAUGAGAGAGUUGGAGGGAGUGACGGUCUCGUACUUGCUAGAGAUGUUUGUCAUUGCCACAGUAUUGUCGGUCCUGCCAGGGCCAGUAGAAAGGAGAUAUGGCGCACCGACAGACUGAUAAGCUUUCUCAGACCGCACGGUACCAUCACUCCACGCCCCAAGCUGUUGUGAGUUGUGAAAUUGAGUUUCUAUCUCGUGCAAUGAGCGAUAAGCGAGCGACGCGCACCCGACAACGCUUGUUGCGCAUCAACCUUCUGGUGCACCUGGAGCUCGUAACGCACACCAACGAAUGCCAAGGAAAAGCAACGACGACGAUAGCAUCACUAUUUGGAAAUUCGUUCCGUGUUGGCAGUCUUCCCGGUUCGGUCACAACGUACCAUGGUGCUCCGUCGUCGGCCUUUGAGUUUGGGCCGCAUUGUGGUGCCUUUUCUUCUGCUUGUCGUUGCUUCCUUGCAUCCCGACGCAUUGGCAUCUGCAGUGCCGAUCAACGAUGAUGUGACUGACAGCAGUAGGGACCACGACGGCAGCGAUAUCCACAAGUUCCUGAUCGAACUGCUGACUCCAUGGCUCGAGGACGAAAAAGAUGAAGAUUGGAAGCCACUCUUGCACCAGAUAGACGCUGAAACAUUGCACCAGACGAUGGAGAACCUUGGAAACAAAUUGUUCACUUCAAGUGUUAGCCAGGCUAGUGAUGACCGUUUGAGGGGACGACGAUCCCUGAUUCGAGACUGGACACCUUGUGGCUCCGUCAUGAACGUUUUUACAGAAGAGCAACUUGCGGAUAUGGUCACGGAUGAAAUAGCAGGAAUCCUUACCCCCACAGUUUCCGGCACAAUCAACUUUGUCCUUCGAAGAGCUCUGUUUCCCAGGAUCCGCCACGGCGUCAAGAUUUGGAAGGUCUGUGGCAGAUGUUCCGAUUUUGGGCCAUUAAAGGGAAAGGGGAUAAGUUGCCGUGAAGAGGACUAUGGCUAUGAAGCCCUGCAGUCGGGCAUCCUCAUUGCUCCCAUGCAAGAAAACAAAGACAAUGGCAGUCUGUCGAUUUUGCCACAGACCCGCCCCAUCAACGUUCAAAUCCCUGCUGGAGUUAUUGUACCCAGUCUAGAGGAUCUCAAGCAAAUUCAAGUUAUGGUGGGCGUCUUUUCCACUGCCAUGUCAGGAUUCUUCACCAUCAUGCCGGACAAAUUUGGAUACGCCGAAAGCAACGAUUACUUUCGUAGUCUGCUCAUCAGACAACCUGUUGUCACAUCCAUUGUGCCAUUGAUAUGGAAAGCCGAGCAAAUGGUUGCGCAGGAAUCCAACUGCACCGCCGCGACGGCAGAUGCUUUCUCACUGACCGGGUACAGUGAAGCGGGGAAUGAUGUGGUGUCAUUGGGAGAGGCCCUGCAUCGCAUGUAUGAAGACAGUGGUAUCAUCACUGACAGUGGAAGUUCUGUAAUUUCGGUCAAUUCAGGAGGGGGUCCCAUGCGACUGUCGAGCGUUGUCAUUUCAGACUAUGUGAGAGACCAAAACGAUGGCAAUGGCGGUGACAGCAACGAUCCUAUCCGCUUUGCCUUGUGGCGUUUGGCCGGAUCACUCUCCACCACAGUUGAAAAUGUGGCCAAUUUCAACCAAAGCCAAGAUAUGCUGGUGGAUGCUGCCGAACGAGGGCGAUUCGUGCGGGGUGACCGAACAUUUCACCUUGAUUACCGGAACGUUUUCGAGCAAGGAAUAAACGCAGAAACCAAAAAUCAUUUGCUCAACGCAGACCUAGUGCAAGCUGUGGAGGAAGCCAUAGCCCGUGGAGAAAAGGAACCCUGUGUCACCAACGUCAACUCCAAAAUUGACAAGUUGUGCAAAGCAUUGCAGGAUCAAGAUGUGGCCCAUGUAGUGGAACAGGCUCCGUACCCUGUGGCUAUCUGCCAUUCGAAUCAGGACAAACAUGUUUCAAUCGACAAUAUGCCCGACAGCAGUCUCAAUCCUAACAUCGAGCUGUAUCCAGCGUUUGGCGGCCAUGGUGUGGCCAUGGGUCCCUGCAUCGCCCACAUUCUGUUUCGCAUGUUCACUUGGGGUAGCCGACUGUGGAGCUAUGAUUAUGGACGAGACAAAACCAUUGCCGGUGGAUGUGAUGCCGGCACACCGUGAAGUGGUUUACUGGUGGGAUUUUAAUAAGUAAGUAUGAUGUGGUUCGUAGCGCGGUACGACUGGGUUUGAUUUGGAAAGUAUGCAGAAGAUGACGAGGGCAAACAGGUUGAUUGAAAAGCAAAUUUGGAUGAAGGGAGACAUCAACGAUGGAAGAUUUGACAUGCAGAAGGAAGGGACCCCUGGAAGGCCUUGCUGUGUGUGCCUUGCAAAUAAGGGUACCGGCAGCAUAGCACACACAUACGGUAGCUAGCUAGUACAUUCGAACCUGCAUAAUGCCCAACAUCUUUCUUAGAAUAAGAUUGACUUUUUGUGGUUGU